AUGAAAAAGAAAGAACAAGAGUUGAGCGGCGCCUCCUUCUUCUUGGACGAUCUCCUAGGGCUUCUCUCCUCUGAACUCUCUUCUCACACAGAUGAAAUAGUGAACCAGAGUAUCUGCCCUAGCAUCUCCAACGAAACCAAUGAAAGGCUCAUUAAGACGCCAAGCGAUGAAGAGACACGAUCCGCAAUCUUCUCCAUACAUCCAGACAAAGCCCCCGGACCAGACGGCUUCUCAGACAGUUUUUUCCAUUCAAAUUGGGAAACCAUUGGAGAAGGAAUAACCCGGGAAAUUCAGAACUUCUUCAUCUCCGGAGUGUUACCACAAGGCAUCAACGCUACACAUAUUUGCCUAAUCCCAAAGAAGACAACACCUAAGUCAAUGGCAGACUACAGGCCAAUAGCGCUAUGCAAUGUGUAUUACAAAAUCAUCUCCAAAAUACUAACCGCAAGACUUCACCCAAUUAUGAAUGGGUUAGUGUCGGAAAACCAGUCAGCCUUCGUCCCCGGCAGAGCGAUUACUGAUAACGUCAUGAUAACACAUGAGAUGCUCCACUUUCUGAAAAUUUCAAAGGCAAAGAAGAGAGGCUCAAUGACGAUAAAAAUAGACAUGACAAAGGCGUAUGAUCGAGUCGAGUGGGAUUUCAUCAGGUUGGUACUGACGAGGAUGGGUUUUCACCCUAAGCUUAUAGGGUGGAUAAUGCAAUGUGUGACAUCAGUUACUUUUCAGUUCCUAGUAUAG